AGAGGAAUGAGGAAAUUACCCAGGCUAUGACACAGCCAUCAGAGUACAUCAGACUGGAUGCAACAUUUACAUUUGCCUACGUGUUUCCAGCCAGCUAGAUUUUGGAUUUCAUGAUGUCAGAUCCUGCGAGUGAAGGCGCACCUCAUACGUAUGAGUCUCUAUUGAGCGGCAAUCCAUCUGCAGCCCCAGCAUCAAAUGUGCCUGCACCAUCCUACUUUCAGAACGUCAAUCCUCAACCCCCCAUGCAUCCUACACCCCAGAUCUGGAGUGUCCCCACCAUCAUACCCCAAAAUAGGGACCCAUCUUCACCAUUUUUUCAAAAAUUUCUUAAGGGUAAACCAAAAGUUCUGGGAAGUCUGGUCAUUGUGGCAGCCAUCUUGGAGAUUGGCCUCGGCAUUGCAUUGGUCUUCACCGUUUUUGGUUUCACGCUGAUAAGUGGCAUUCCUUUUUGGGGCCCGGUGUUUUACAUAAUUGCCGGAUCGCUGACACUUGCAGCUCAGACAAAACCCAAUAUCUGCUUGAUCAAAGGCUCUCUGACUCUGAACAUCAUUAGCUCCAUUUUCAGCAUGAUAGCUGUGAUCUUAAAUAUUGCCGAUUUGGCAACCCUGCGGUGCUACAUUUACAGUUACAGUUACUAUAGCUAUUAUAGUUACAAUGAAGCUCUGAAGCAAUGCCAACAGGCACUUGAUGGUGGUUUUGCUGUUCUUUCUCUACUGCUCCUGAUGAAUUUGCUGAUCUUCUGUGUCACAGUUUCCACCUCUGUUUUUGAUUGUCGGUCUCUUUCAAAAGUACAGUCAGGUCAACCAGUCACCCAGGUGUUCGUGAUACAGAAUGAUGCCGUCCAUGCCAUGUAUCCUGGUGCCCUUCCCGUUCCUGUAACUACCACUUAUGCUCAACCACCACCGGCGCAACCACCAGCAUAUCCAGCCAAUUUAUAUAAACCUUGACAAAUCAAUUUACAAA